AUUAAACAAACGUUGAUUAUCAAACAAAGAAACCAUGGAAGCAAUAUCGUUGUCAUUAUUUUAUCCCAUAAUAGCCGUAGUAACGGCAGCAUUAUAUUUUAUUAAACGCAACCUUAAUUAUUGGAAAGAUCAGGGCAUACCUACCGAAAAACCCCAUUUCUUAUGGGGCAACAUAAAGGGUUUGCGCACCCAUUAUCAUAUUGGAGAUAUAGCGGCAAAUUAUUAUAAAAAAUUUAAGGGCAGUGGUCCGUUUGCUGGUUUACUUUUUAUCCAACGUCCAGCAGUGGUGCUAUUGGAUAAAAAUCUAAUCAAAAAUGUUCUCAUUAAAGAUUUCAAUAAUUUCAUCGAUCGUGGUUUGUACUAUAACGAGAAAACGGAUCCUUUGUCAGGACAUUUAUUUUUAAUAGAUAGCCAAAAGUGGAAAAUAUUAAGAAAUAAAUUGUCACCCACUUUUACCUCCGGAAAAAUGAAAUUGAUGUAUCCCACUUUGUUAAAAGUAACCGAUCAAUUUAUAAGUGUUAUGAAGGACAAGGUAAAAGAAGAUCCUAUUGUGGAUAUACACGAUAUGUUAAAUCGUUUCACCAUCGAUAUUAUAAGCAGCUGUGCUUUUGGCAUUGAGUGCAAUAGCUUGGGUAAUUCCAAUUCAGAAUUUCCCCGAGUGGGUAAAAUAGCGAUAAUGGAACAGAGACAUAAUACCGUCAUCAUGGCCUUGAUAGACAGUUUUCCGCAUGUGGCCCGUAAACUGGGUAUGCGCAUAUUCCCCGAAGAAGUUCAUCAAUUUUUUAUGACCACAGUCAGGGAUACGAUCACUUAUAGAGAAAAACAUAAUAUACAAAGAAAUGAUUUCUUGAAUAUUUUACUUGAAAUGAAAAAGAAUGAAAAUGAUAAAACGGGUCUUGAAGGCUUAAGUAUUGAAGAAAUCUGUGCCCAAGUAUUUGUGUUCUUUUUGGGUGGUUUUGAGACUUCUUCAUCCACCAUGACUUAUGCUUUAUAUGAAUUGGCUCAACACCAGCAUUUGCAAGAACGUUUAAGACAAGAGAUAAAUGAGGUAUUUGAGAAUAGCCCGGAUGGUCAAAUAACCUAUGAAAAUCUCAAAAAUAUGAACUAUUUACAUCAAGUGGUAUCAGAAACCCAACGCAAACAUCCCGUUAUAGCCCAGCUACAUAGACAAGCUCUUAAGGAUUAUGUUGUCCCCGGUUUUCCCCAGUAUGUGAUUAAGAAAGACACUCCUAUUUUAAUAUCAGUACUAGGCCUACAUCACGAUCCCGAGUUGUAUCCCCAACCAGAAGAAUUCGAUCCUGAACGUUUUACUCCCGAAAUGGUUAAACAACGUGACCCUGUCGAAUAUUUGCCAUUUGGUGAUGGUCCUCGCAAUUGUAUUGGUAAACGUUUUGGUCAAAUGCAAACGCGUUUAGGUUUAGCUUAUUUAAUAAGAAAUUUCCAAUUCUCCAUAUGUUCUCAAACGGAAAUGCCCAUAAUUAUUGAUCCCAAAGCCAUGGCAUAUGUACCGAAAAAUGUGAUUUAUUUGAAACUCGAGGAAAUAAGUUCUCUAUAAGAAAUAAUAACAUGAUAGUUUUGGUGAAAUAUUCCCUUAAA